UAAUUAAUUUCCUCUGGUACUUCGCUCAGAAAGGAAAGGCAAAAAACUCCGUCCACGCAGGAUCGCCGGAGCCUCGUCGGAAAAGAAGAAAAGCAUGGGUGUGGACUACUACAAAGUACUUCAGGUGGACCGCAACGCCAAAGAAGACGACCUCAAAAAAGCGUAUCGCAAGCUCGCCAUGAAAUGGCACCCUGAUAAGAACCCUAACAACAAAAAAGAUGCUGAAGCCAAAUUCAAACAAAUCUCUGAAGCCUACGAUGUGUUGAGUGAUCCACAGAAGAGGGCAGUGUAUGAUCAAUACGGAGAAGAGGGGUUAAAAGGGCAGGUGCCACCACCAGGUGCCGGUGGAUACCCAGGCACAUCAGAUGGUGGGGCGGGUCACGGGUCGUUCCGGUUUAACCCACGUAGUGCUGAUGAUAUAUUCAGUGAAUUUUUCGGGUUUUCGAGCCCGUUUGGUGGUGGAAUGGGAGAUAUGGGUGGUGGAAGGGCAGGUGGUUCAAGUUUUCCUAGGGGUAUGUUUGGUGAAGAUAUUUUCACUUCUUUCAGGAAUGCUGCCGGUGAAGGUGCAUCAAGUAAUGUUCCACGAAAGGCUGCUCCGAUUGAGCGGACGCUGCCUUGUAGUUUGGAGGAUUUGUAUAAAGGAACCACCAAGAAGAUGAAGAUAUCCAGAGAAGUUACUGAUGCUACUGGGCGACCCAGUACAACCGAGGAAAUUCUGACAAUUGAUAUCAAACCAGGAUGGAAGAAGGGGACUAAGAUAACAUUUCCAGAGAAAGGAAACGAGCAACGAGGCAUAAUUCCCUCGGACCUUGUCUUCAUAAUCGAUGAGAAGCCGCAUAGUGUCUUCAAGAGAGAUGGCAAUGAUCUCGUUGUCACCCAGAAGAUCUCCCUGGUAGAGGCUCUUACUGGAUAUACUGCUCAAAUAACAACGCUCGAUGGUCGGAAUCUAACCAUACCGAUUAAUUCCAUCAUUAGUCCAAAUUAUGAAGAAGUUAUCAAAGGAGAAGGUAUGCCCAUUCCUAAGGAACCUAGCAAAAAAGGGAACUUGCGAGUGAAGUUUAACAUCAAGUUCCCCAGCAAGCUUACUUCUGAGCAGAAAGCUGGCAUUAAGCGAUACUUAACAUGAUUAUUGAACAUUAGCACCUAAGAGUUUUAUUUAUCAAAUGCUACUACAUAAGCUUGCCCUCUGUCUUUGCUUUUGUUGGUCAUGCAAAGAAAUGUACACGCUAUUCGUUUGUGGAUUUCUUCUGAAACCUUCAGUCCGUUAUUUAAGUCUCA